GAAGGAGCCACCGGCGCUGUCCGAAUGAGGCAGCCGCGCCAACACUCGGGGCGCGGCGGGAGAGUCGGGGUCGCGCCUACCCUCGGCGCCGGUACAAGCCAGGAGAGGAGGGCGCAUCUCUCCUCUUGGGACCCCAUCAUGGGCAAUGUGUCCAAUGAUUCCCAGGACGAGGACUGCGAGACUCGACAGUGGCUUCCCUCGGGCGAAAGCCCAGCUAUCAGCUCCGUGAUGUUCUCGGCUGGGGUGUUGGGGAACCUCAUUGCGCUGGCGCUGCUGGCUCGCCGCUGGCGGGGAGAUGCAGUUCAUGGCGCCAGCCGCGGGAGUUCCAUCUCCUUGUUCCACGUGCUAGUGACAGAGCUGGUCUUCACCGACCUGCUCGGGACCUGCCUCAUCAGCCCGGUAGUGCUGGCGUCGUACGCGCAGAACCAGACUUUAGUGGCCCUGGCGCCCGAGAGCCGCGCCUGCACCUACUUCGCCUUCGCCAUGACCUUCUUCAGCCUGGCCACGAUGCUCAUGCUCUUCGCCAUGGCCCUGGAGCGCUACCUAUCCAUCGGGCACCCCUACUUCUACCAGCGCCGCGUCACGCGCCGCGGCGGCCUGGCGGUGCUGCCCACCAUCUACGCCAUCUCGCUGCUCUUUUGCUCCCUGCCGCUUCUUGACUACGGACAGUACGUCCAGUACUGUCCUGGGACGUGGUGCUUCAUCCGGCACGGCCAGACCGCGUACCUGCAGCUCUACGCCACCCUGCUCCUCCUCCUCAUCGUCGCCGUGCUCGCCUGCAACUUCAGUGUCAUCCUAAAUCUUGUCCGCAUGCACCGCCGGAGCAGGAGAAGCCGCUGCGGACCCUCCUUGGGCAGCGGCCGGGUUGGCCCCGCGGCCCGCAGGAGAGGAGAAAGAGUGUCCAUGGCGGAGGAGACGGACCACCUCAUCCUCCUGGCCAUUAUGACCAUCACUUUCGCCGUCUGCUCCUUGCCUUUCACAAUUUUUGCAUACAUGAAUGAAACCUCUUCCCGAAAGGAAAAAUGGGACCUCCUAGCUCUUAGAUUUUUAUCAAUUAAUUCAAUAAUUGACCCUUGGGUCUUUGUCAUCCUUAGGCCUCCUGUUCUGAGACUAAUGCGUUCAGUCCUCUGUUGUCGGGUUUCAUUAAAAACACAAGAUACUGCACAAGCUUCCUGUUGAAAACAGAUUCCAGUAAACAGGCUGAUCUUUGUGGACAGUAGUUAAGUAGUAGUUAGCUAGCAUCUGGAAGAUCAUUUUGAAAUGAUUCCUUGGAGAUAUGAAAAAGACUAGUGUAUAAACAAAACAAAUUUUUAAUAAGAUGUAGUAAACAAACAUUUAAGCUGUGGUUUGAGCUAUAGAUGUGUUGACAAGGCACUUCACAGAAAGUGUCAGAAAGGAACUAUAAAAUCUACCCUUAAUGAGCAUGUUAUGUGGCCUUUAAAAGAACAGUCAACUGCAUUUAAGAUCUAAUUGCCUUUAGAUUUAAGCUUCCUGGUGAAUGAGAAAGCAUGUGGUUUUGCAAUUUGUUUAAAACCCGAAAUAGUUACUGUCUCUUCUAUUUUAAUCUUCUAUGCUACUACAUUAUAAACGUCUAUAUAAUGUACUACAUUAUAUGGUGUACAGUCAGACCAGAUAAAACUUUAUUUGUAUUCUCUAGGAAGUCAAUAUGUGGUAGCAGCCAAGGCUACUGUCUCGCGAUGACUUAAUGAAUCCUUUAUUUGGACAAUGAAGUUGAAAAUUUUAAGCACUUUUUAUUGUAAGGUCUGUGUAUGUGCAGUACUUUCUUGUCACUACAGUAUUACUCUUAGAAGAGUGGGCUUACUUGGUAAACAUCUUGUCAGCUUUUUUUGCUAUUUCUCCAGGAGCUAUGUGUGAAACUGUGAGGUUAUUUUACAAACCCAGUUGUGCUAACAAUAAUCAAGAAAGCCUAAGGAAUUUUCCUCUCGACAAAAAAUAAUAGGUUAUUAAGAGAGUAAAUUCUGACUAAUAUUCUUCAUUCUGUUUCCAAGGGAGGAUAUAUGUGACUAUGUCUUAAGCCAGAUAUUGGGGUUAAAAACUGAAAAAUCUGGUCAAUACUUCAGAUACACUGGUACUCUUUUAAUGCUGAUGUUGGGGUCAUGACUACCAUGUAAUCUUUAUGAGAUGACUUUGUCAUAGCAAAAUUCAUCUGUCUAUAUUUUUAUUUAGGGAACAGAGUUUGACUCAUAUAGGAAAUCAUGUAACAAUGAGUCACAUCUUAACAUAUUUCUAAAUCUGAAUGUUUAGCAUGGUGUAAACUCAGCAUCAAAAUAUUUCAGUGAAUUUGCACUGAAAAAAAAUUUUUUUAAUCAUAUUUUAGUUACUGUGUAAACUCAUCUGAAAUGUUACAAAAAUAAACUAUAAAAUAAAAGUUUGAAAGUGAAAUAGCAUUUAAUGAACCCCCAAUAAUAUUUUAUAAUUAGCAUAAGCAUAAUAUCUUUUAAGUAAGAUGAAAAUGGGAAAAAUAUAUUUAAUUUGUCAGGUUUUUAAAGCGUGGUUGCUUUGUAAUUAGAGAUUAAAAUAUUCAAUAUAGUACUUGGUAUUUAUUUUUUCUUUCAGUUUUUACCCUUCCGGCAUGAUCUUUUAAAUAGUAGAAUAAAACUUACCUUUUGCAGUGAGUAUAAAAAACAAAAAACUGAUAUUAAUUUUUACCAAAGUCUUAUUGAGUUGUUUACCUUAAACAAUUUCCUGUAAGUAGCUAUCAAACUAGAUGAUCAUUUAGUGAUUUCAAACCAAUCUAGGUGUCAGUAUACUUUGACACAAAUAAUCUAUGUCAAAUCAGCUCUUAAGUUAAAAAGAAUAAAUAAAUGGUUCCCUUUUCUAUAAAUCUAAACAAACCAGGCAAAAUUUAACUUAACUAAAAUCUGAACAUGUAAAUAAAUCUUCCUUGUCUACCAGGCAUUCUAAAGUUAAGAUACCAUUCUAAAUGGGACAAAUUAGGCCCAUGGGUAAUUCCUAAACAUAAAAUUCUGAAGUUACUUUGAAUCUAGAAUAUUGAUGCCUUUUAUCAGAUGACAUUUUCCCCCCCUCCAAAUGAAAAUGGUAACUACAGUUCUUCAUCCUACCUCACCAUCCAAAAAAAAAAAUCUGGAAUGAUGCCCAAGAACUGAAAAAAAAAAAAAAAAAGGCAAAA